AUGGUGGAAGAAGAAAUGAAUCCAAAUAAGCAAGAAGAAUUAAAUGAGCUGCAACUAAGAAAGUGUGAUGAAGUAUUAACUAAAUUAAAGAAAAACCCAAAUGCAUCACCAUUUCUAGAGCCAGUGGAUCCAGAAAAGUUGGGUAUCCCGGAUUAUUUUGAGAAAAUAGAACAUCCAAUGGAUCUCUCCACAAUUAAGAAGAAGCUGGAUUCGGAGGAAUAUUCUACGCCAGAUGAUUUUGAGAGGGAUAUGAAACUGAUGUUUGAUAAUUGCUAUACAUACAAUUCUAAAGGGUCUUACGUACAUAAAAUGGGUGUUGAGUUGGAAAAGAUAUUUAGGGAUCUCUUCUCCAAACUUCCCCUGCAGAUAACCUCGAAGAAAACCAUCAAAAGGAAGUCAGAGCUCGUGUCACCUCUAGACAAGAAUAAAACCUCCAAGAAACAAUUAAAGGAGUUUAAGAUGAAAGCAGAAGAUCAGAAAACAUGCAGUGAGAUUCUGGAUGAAAUUUUAAAGCCAAGGCAUCAGGGUAUAACAUGGCCAUUUUUAGCACCAGUGAAUUUAGAACAGGUACCUGAAUAUGGGAAGGUGGUUAAGAAUCCGACGGAUCUGUCAACCAUUAAGACUAAACUGAGCGAAGGACAGUUUGAGAGUAUAGAUGAUUUCCACAAAGAGUUAAAAUUGAUGGUAAGCAAUUGUUUUAAGUUUAACAAUGAUGUGAAGAAGAUCUAUGACUGUGGACUUGCUUUGGAAAAACUAUUUGAUUCUCUCUUUAGCAAGAACAAGAUGAGCAAGACAGAAAUACUCCACAAAAUAAACGAACUUAAAAGGAGGAGAGGUUUUAUUGAUAAGGAGAUAGAGGUUUUAGAGGAAGGGUUAUCAAUUACUGAUUUAAAAAGGACAAGUGUUAAAAGGAAGAGUUACAAUUUGAAUGAUCUCUUAAGAAUUAAGAAGAGAAUAGAACGAUUAGAUCCAUCUAAAACCUCGGAACUGGCACUAAUCAUUGGGAAAGAGAUGAAGAAUUUUGAGUAUGAGGGAGAGGACAUGGUGGUGGUGGAUCUUAAGAAUCUCCCAAAUGAGGUAGUAGGAGAGAUUGAUACGUUUUUAAAGGGUAUCUCAGAUGGGGUAGAUGAGGAAGAGAGAAACGAGAGAGAAGAGAAGGAAAGUGAUGAGAGUUCUACUUAG